AUGCCUGGUCUCGUCGCCGACAGUAUGGAGCACUCACCGAUCCAGGAAAGACGUCAAGCCCGGCUCAAUGAGCUCAGCGAAGAGUGGGGCAUCAUGGGCGGCUCACUUCCACCGCCGUCGCCGUUGUCCAGGCCCGGCCAGCCUCCGUCAUUCCGAACGGACGGGGAUGAUCUGUACGCGGAAGAGCUUCUCAAGCGACAACGCACGGUGGAGGCGCAUACUGCCCACCCCAAAGGCAGUCUUUCCCGAGCCUUCACCACCAAGAAAAAGGCAUGGGAAUACAAAGAGAUUUACAAUGCCCUCGUCACUCACAUCUCCAGCGAGGGCUCGCCUGGCGUUGCCGAGGCGCUCAUCGCCAAGCUGAAUCUCGCAGGCGGCAAUCUCAAUCUUGCACAGAAAAGCCGAACGAGCCUGCUGACGCGGAGGAAGAGCUUGGAUUUGGCUGAACGAAGUCAGGUUCUGCAGCGCGCGGUGGAAAACAGGCACAAGGAGAUGGUGGAAGUGCUCUUGCCCUUUGCGGACGCGCUGAGUCUGGAUACGGCACUCCCCAUCGCCAUCGAGAACCGGGAUCACGCCAUCGUCCAGCUACUCCUCAGGUACGGCGCGAGUGUGGCCCAGACGGCCGCUGGACAGGAUGCAUUCCGGCAGGCAUGUGUCGAAGGAGGGCAAGCAGAGCUGGUGUCCAUGGUUUUGUCGUCAGAGGGACGGCCUCCGGAAUCGUGGGUCUCGCAGUCUAUGGUUGAAGCCGCACGGGCGGGGUGCCUGGAUACGGUGGUGGCUCUCAGCCAGUCUACGGCAGACGCAAACCACGACAACGCUGCCGCAUUGAAGAUAGCCGUGGGGUUGGGGCGCAGGGAUAUCGCGUUGGCGCUCGUUCUCGGCAACGAACCCCCUGGCCAGCCUGGUCUGAAUGAGGCGUUCGAGCAACUCAGCAAUCACCAGAACAUCAACCCCAACGAGAAGAUUGCCAUGGCGGAAAUUUUACUCUGCGCCGGCGCCGAGGGCGAUACGGUAGCACAAGCUCUAGUGCAGGCGAGUGCGACCUCUUACAUGGACAUGGUUCAUCUGCUGGUUUCCUACGGUGCAUCCGUUGAAUACCAAGACGCCAUCGCCGUGCGGAAAGCCGUUUCCACAGGCAAGAUCGACCUGGUGGAGAUCAUGUUAAAUGGGGCUGCCCCCUUUAGCUCGGUGUACGCGUCCGAAUGUGUUGAACUGAUCCCGAAGAAGCUACGGUUUGAGGAACGGCAUUCUUUCUUACAGCUGCUUCUUCGCAAGGGUGCCAACGGACCACCGCUGGAUGAGGCGCUCGUCGACGCGGCCGAAGCGGGAGAUGUUGAGGCAGCGAAGCUACUCCUUAUUCCACUAUUCCCUGGCGGCAAGACGGUGGGAAACCAGGAUCUCAAAAAGGGGCCGAGGAGCAUGGUGUUUGAACGACACGCCGUAGCUUCGACAAACCAUAAAGGUGCACUCGCGCUACAACUUGCAGUCAAGAAUGGCAAUGUGCCCAUCACCAAGCUCAUACUAAGUAGCCCGCUAUCGCAGAACGCCAUGGCGCAAAUCUUUCCUAGCGUCAGGAAUCACGCGAAACUCGAAAGGUUCCAGAUGACGGAAGCUUUUCUAGGGGCCGGGUUGGAGGGAGACUGCGUGCACUCGGCACUGCAGAACGUCAUCAAUGAGACACCUCCGCAUCGAGACGAGCGCCUGGUCGCACUUCUGCUGCGCUCCAAUGCCGACGUCAAUUUCAACGAAGGGGCAGGCAUCACAGCAGCCAUUGCGCAGAAAGACGUACACCUCCUGAACCGAUUGCUCAAGAGCAAACCCACACCGCAGGUGGCGGCUAAGGCGGUGCCCCGAGCCAUGGAGGUGCCCGAUGCGGUGAAAAGGUCACAGAUGGUGACGCUGCUUCUCGGGGCGGGCGCGACACCAGGGGGGGUCGAGGUGUCAACUGCAUUGGCGACGGCGCUGCGGGCAAAUCAGGUUGACAAGAACCUGGUCAAGACGUUACUGGAAAGGGGCAAGGCCGAUGUCAACGCCAAUGGCGGCGAUGCCAUCACGUAUGCAGUGCAGAGUGCCGACCCCGAACUACUCGAGUUGGUUCUGGCCAUGGGCGAGCCGAACCCCGAGAGCCUCGAACGUGCUAUAAAAAGUCUCAGCGCAGUUCCACCCACGUCCACGAAAGCCGAGAAGCUCGAUGUGUUAUUGCGGCGCUCAACUUCCCCAAAUACCAUGAGUCAAAUGCUCGUUGAAGAGGUUCAGACUCUGCUCAAGGUAGCACCCGAGCACCGUAACCUUGCUGUUAUCAAGACGCUCCUGGCCCGCGGUGCCGAUAUUAAUGCGUACAACGCCGAAGCGCUCUGUCGAGCCGUAGCGGCGUCCAACCCCCAGCUUGUCGACCUCAUGUUCACAUUUGAUCCCAACCCCGCCUCGCUCUCGUUUGCCAUGCCCCAUGCGCUACGAAUACGAGAUGUCAUGGACCGGCUUACCUUUGCCAAGAGAAUUCUUCGCGGUGGCAUUCCGGCCAGUGAGGUCAACCGUGCCCUGGUGUUUACUGUCAGCACCUACCCCGAGGACAUACCGCUGGUCAACACCCUCCUGGCACACGCCGACACCAAAGACGGGGUAGCGCUGAUGGAAGCCAUCAAAAACGAAAAACAGGACAUUGUCGAUCUCAUUCUGAAACGGAAAAAGUUCUCGCCCGAUGUUUUGAAUCACGGCUUUGCCACCGCGACGAGGGGCAAGAACCGGCGACAGCGUAGCAUGUCAUGUAACAGUCUGCUAAAGGCUGGCGCCUCAGGGGAAGUGGUUUCGGACGCACUCUUGGCCGCGGCUUCGGACGGCGACUUGGAUUUCGGCGCCAUCCUUGUGCAAAACGGCGGAAGUGUCGAGCACAAAGAUGGCCAGGCUGUUGUCGAAGCGUGCCGGUCCGGGUCGGCCAGUGUAUUGGGCAUGUUACUAUCUGGGGAUAAGGAGAUCACGCAGCAGACAUUGCAGAGGGGAUUCCAAGCAGCAACCGAAGUAGGUGACUUGAGGAAACGUGCAGAGAUUUUCAAGCUGCUGCUACAGCGCGGGGUCGGCGGAGAAAUACUCGACGCGCAACUAGUCUCAGCAGAACGAUACGGCGAUGCUGGAUCGGAGCUGGUCAAGCUCCUCCUCGUGUAUGGCGCCAGCCCGGAUUACAACAACGGCGAGGCCGUGCAGAAGGCGACGACGAGUGCCUUCCUCGGCAACCUCGAGAUGCUUCUGGGUAUCGUGGAUGUCGGCGGCCGACAGAAAAAGCCAUCAUCGGGCACCUUGGUUCGAGCUUUGAAUUCAUGCUGGGAUCUCAGCCGGGAUACUCGCUUCACCGUAUUGCAGUGGCUGUUCAAAGCGGGCAAGCCUGCGCCGAGUGCUAUCCACGCUGCCUUGAUACGGGUUGUCAACGAGGAGGAGCCCGAGGAAAGGCUAAUUCAGCUGCUCGUGUCGAAUCGAGCGUCCCCGGCUGCCAAUGGCUGCCAGACUUUGAUUGACGCCACACGGACAUUGUCGGUAUCGCAGUUUUCGCAACUACUUGAAGCCAGGGUCUCGCCCGAGGAAGCAUCAGUGGCUUUUGGCAAGGCAUUUGUGCCCGAACAUAUCAAUGCCUGGCUCACCGAACGAGGACUCGAAAUCGCCCGCUGCCUGCUAAGAAAAGGCGCCAAUGGAAACGCAGUGGGCUCUGUCUUGGUUGCCGUACUUGGUCAAUAUGCUGAAAAGGUGGAUAUUGCUUAUGCCUUUGCCGAGCUGCUCCUGAAGUAUGAUGCGGACGUCAACUAUAACCAUGGCGAAGCGUUACAAACUGCAGCGGCUCAGGGCAACUUGAGGCUCUUGUCGCGACUCCUGCAGCAGAUGCCCAAUACAGAAUCCCUCACUUUAGCUUUUCCUCGCAUAUUCGACUCCAACGUACCGGAAGAUGACGUCCACGAACUUAUUACAUUGUUUUCAGAGCACAGCGAUAGUUCGAAUCAAAUAGAUGUCAUCUUUGUAUAUCCAGGAUCGGAACCGGUCAUAAUUCGGGCACUCUCGCAGUAUCCGAGGUCAACCAAGAUUCUACAGGCACUUUUGGACAUGGGUUAUUAUCACGAGCAGACGACUCUGUGCAAAGUCUUGGAGCAAGUCGAAGAUGUGGAGCAAGUCUCGGUUCUGGCGUGGGCCCUCCUGCAGCCGCAAAAGAAGAUCAGCAGCGCAGUCAUAACCAUGCUGAUUGGCCGAGGGUCGAAGGUUAACUUUGAGACGCGUGUCUCCCGCGUCACACCCCUGAUGUUUGCGAUCCAGUCACGGCGGCAGGACAUUGUUAAAGCCCUGCUGCUUGCUGGUGCCGAGGUGGACGUGGCGGAUGUUACCGGAAGGUCGCCCCUGUCCAUGGCUUCAGCAAUUGGCGGUGACUUAGCCAUUACUAUGAUGUCCAACUUGUUGGCAGCUGGUGCUUCAAGGAACGAUGGGUCCUUGCAUAAUGCCGCGCGGGAACUAAACCUGCAGGCAAUGCAGAUCCUAGUAGAGUACCGUCACGAUCCCGACUUCCCAAGCCCCCAACACGGCGGCCGGAGUGCCCUUGGCGAGCUCUGCCUCCACACGGCAGAUUCAGGAGAGAUCACGGCUGUCCGAGAGAAGACUAUGGAGAAGGCCAUUAGCUUCCUCCUUCCCAUCUCUGACAUUACGUUGCAGUCUGAGGGGAAGUCGGUGCUUAUACUAGCCCUCGAGUCGGCUGACCCCCUGACCACAACCAAAGUCCUUCUCCGCGCGGACAUGUGGAAAUACAUUAACAAGCCUUUUAACCACUUUACCGACGGCAAGUUCAUCUACUCGCCCACGCAAUACGUGGCGCGCGUGUUGCCACAAUCAGACACGACCCCGGAACUCAUCAAGCUGCUGAAAGCCAAUCGCGCUGUAGACGUAUACUACGCCAACUCGGGUCCCCAACCCGAAGACGCCGUCGGCAUGCCUUCCCACGUCGAGCAAGGGGAGGUGGAGCGCAAGGCACGGCUCGCCCGCCUGGAGAGGGCCAACGAGGAGCAUGCUCUGGCCAUUCAACGGAACCGCGAGCUAGCAGCAGUGCAGGCUCAGAUUUUGGCCGAUCAAGCUGAACUUGAAGACGCGCGCAAAAAACGCUCGCACAACGCCGACCUGACCGCCAUCCAGGAGCGGGCCCUCGUUGAAGAGGAACUCUUCACCAAGGCACUGGCGCGACAGCGCGCCAAGCAGGGGCAGGAUAUUGCGCACCAGCAUGCCCUAACUGAAGUUUCUCUGAACCGGGCUCAGACGGUGGGCGACGCCGAGCUGGCUCUCGAGACCCAACGCCAGCAGAGGAUGUUGGAAUGGGAGAGAGACUUGGGCAACGAGCGCGUGGGGAAUGCGACGCAGCUGAGUAGUAUACGGCUGCAGGAACGGGAGGAGAUUGAGAGGAUGGAUGCGAGUGCUGAUGGGAGGUUUAAGGAGAGGAUACGUGAGCAGAAGAAAUUGGUGGAUAGUCAGACCAGCCUGGCGGCGAAUCUGGGCAAUGGGCCCGGCGCCAGGAGGCAGAUUGGGUAUGUGGCUGGCGAGCUGGAUUAG